AUGGCUGUAGGCAAGAACAAGCGUUUAUCCAAGGGUAAGAAGGGUAUCAAGAAGAAGGUCGUCGACCCUUUCUCUCGCAAGGAUUGGUACGAUAUCAAAGCCCCGUCAAUCUUCGAGGUGAAGAAUGCGGGCAAGACCCUCGUGAACCGAUCUUCUGGGUUGAAGAACGCGAAUGACUCCUUGAAGGGUCGUAUCAUCGAAGUCUCGCUGGCUGACCUCAACAAGGAUGAGGAACAGGCCUUCCGCAAGAUCAAGCUACGGAUCGACGAGGUCCAGGGCAAGAACUGCCUCACCAACUUCCACGGCAUGGACUUCACCUCCGACAAGCUGCGGUCACUCGUCCGCAAAUGGCAGACUCUCAUCGAAGCCCACGUUGACGUCAAGACGACCGACGGCUACCUCCUCCGCCUCUUUGCUAUCGGCUUUACUAAGCGCCGCCAGUCGCAGGUAAAGAAGACAACGUACGCUCAGUCGAGUCAGAUUCGGGAGAUCCGUAAAAAGAUGUUCGAGAUCAUGACACGGGAGGCCACUAGCUGCGACUUGAAGGAGUUGGUGCAGAAGUUCAUCCCUGAGGCUAUUGGCCGUGAGAUCGAGAAGGCAACAAGGAGCAUAUACCCCCUCCAGAACGUCUACGUCCGCAAGGCUAAGAUCCUCAAGGCUCCCAAGUUCGAUGUGUCGAAGUUGCUGGAGCUGCACGGGGAGUCGACGGAUGAGACUGGCACGCGGGUGGUGAAGGACUUCAAGGAGCCCGAGAUCCUGGAAUCCGUCUGA